UUUUAGCAUUUGCGCUGGCGACCUAGUCUUUGCCCAGGCUUCCUGGAAGGAGAGGUUUCUCAGGGGAUAUUAGCGGCAUUUUAGACAGGAAGAAAGUCAACCUGCCGUUUCAACAUUAGAAUACAAGUCUUCAAAGAAGACGGAGAAUUACUCCUUUCAUGAAGUACGGAUCUAGAAUGGAGAAAAUAAUUCUGGAGAAACACCUACUGUAACUUAGACAAAACGCGGCCAUUGUCUUGCAUUACGUGGAAUGGCUACUGAAAAGGAAGGAUGUAGGGAACAGAAAAGUUUCAGGGGACAACGAGAAAUGAAGGCAUCGUGAGCUACUUUACAAGAAACUAAACCCCCCGCUGAGAUCACCUUGAUGCUGGUGAAGCAUUGUGAGACCUGGAGGUGGUGGAGGCAUCGGCCUUGCGUGGUAUAAACAUUUCUGUGUGGGUUAAGAAGUGGCUUCACCCUUGACCGAUACAAAGGACAUGAACCUCGCAUCAUCUUGGAGGAGGUAUUUGCCACUGGUGCCUGGUCAAGCAUCGCUUCCUUCCUGGCGUGGUUGGGGAUUUGGGGUGGUGAGCUGCAGAGCCGCCGACUUCCUGUACCGGACUUCCCAUUCUGCAAACUGGGAUCGGCUCCACUUCCGGGUGCUGCUUACCUGGGCACACUCUGCAAGGUCCAGAAAUGCCCAUGGUGUGUGUGACAGACUUCGAGGCCCAAGCGCGGGAGCGUCUGUGUAAGUCGACGUGGGAUUAUAUUGAAGGCGGAGCUGACGACGACUUCACACGAGAUGACAACGUCGCGGCAUUUAAAAAAUUUCGCCUCCGUCCCCGGUACCUGAGAGACGUGUCGCAGGUGGACACCCGGACCACAGUCCAGGGGCAGGAGAUCAGCGCCCCCAUUUGCGUCUCGCCCACGGGUUUCCACUGCCUGGCCUGGCCCGAUGGGGAGAUGAGCACGGCCAGAGCUGCCCAAGCAGCUGGCAUCUGCUACAUCACCAGCACCUACGCCAGCUGUACCCUCGAAGACAUCGUUGCUGCUGCCCCCAGAGGCCUCCGGUGGUUCCAGCUCUAUGUGCAGACUGAUCGGCAGCUGACCCAACAGCUGAUCCAGAGGGCGGAGUCCUUGGGUUUCAAAGCCCUGGUAAUCACUGUGGACGCACCCAAAACUGGCAACAGGCGACAGAACAUUCGAAACCAACUGGACUUGAAGAAGAUGUUAAUGCUCAAGGAUCUUCGAUCACCUAAGGAGGGAAAUUCAGCGCCCCGUCUCCAGAUGUCUCUCAUUGACUCAUCCUUCUGCUGGAACGAUCUCUCCUGGAUUCAGAGCAUAACUCGCCUGCCCAUCAUCCUCAAAGGGAUCUUGACAAAAGAGGAUGCAGAGUUAGCAUUGCAACACAAGGUAGAUGGCAUCAUCGUUUCUAACCAUGGCGGCAGGCAGCUUGAUGGCGUUCCUGCUUCUGUCGAUGCCCUGCCAGAAGUGGUGGCCGCCGUGAAAGGGAGCAUGGAAGUGUACAUGGACGGUGGGAUCCGAACCGGCAACGACGUGCUGAAGGCUCUGGCCCUCGGGGCCAAGUGCGUGUUCCUGGGCAGACCCAUCCUGUGGGGUCUCGCCUACAAGGGCGAACAUGGCGUUGAGGAAGUUUUGAACAUGUUAAAAGAUGAAUUCCACACUUCCAUGGCGCUGUCAGGCUGCCGGUCGGUUGCCGAGAUCAGUCAGGACCUGGUCCAGGUCUCCAGGUUGUAAAGAGACAGGACUACCGAGGCCGCCUGCAGGAGGAAGACCGAGCAUGGCAUGGUGUGUGACGCCAUCCCGCACCCCCAACCAGUGCACCCCCUAAGCUUCCCCCCAAGCCCUCGUCUGCCUUAAAGGUCCCUUGCUUUUCUCAGCCUUACUGCUCUUUAUAUGCUCUUCUCUUGCCCGAAAUCCUCCCCCAAAAGAAAAGAUGUUGCAAGGGCAGCUUAGUAAUGACAGAAAUAGCUAGUGGGUAAAACUUUUUGCAUAUCCUAUGUAUGUCUAUGAAACAAUUAUGGACAUGACGGAAGAGCCAUACGUAUAAAAUAUUCCCCAACGAAAAUCGGACUCCUAUCUGUAGAAAACGGAAAUAAUGUAGUUUAAAACAUGGGCUCUGGAGCCGUACAGACAUGGGCUUAGCAGUCAGGACUGCCACCUGACAUGCUGGGUGACUUGCGAGAGUUUUUCAAAUAGCCCACUAGGUUGGGAGAACAGUCGAGAUGAUGUACGUACAGUUCAGAGUGCAAUGCUUAGCACCUGGAAGGAGUUUAAGAGAGCAGCUUUCAUUAUUGUUUGGCAAAUUCGUAUUUACCUUCCAAGACCUGGCUCAAAUAUUACCUAUUCUUACCCCGCCUACUUGCGUGGCGCUUUCUAUUGCAUUGUGCACAUGUCACUAUUACAACCCUCGUUAUAAUGUG